AUGGGGCGCUUGUGGUACAAGGCCUCGGCCAUCAUCCAAACCCCCGAUGGGCAGUUUGCCGAUCCUUUGCCGCAAGCCCUAGUGCUCACAGCGAUAGUGAUAGGUUUUGCCACGACUGGUUUUGUUAUAGAGCUGGCCAUCCGCAGUCGCCAGGAAUCGGGCAGCGACCACGUGGAUGGUCAUGAGCCUGGUCAUAGCGUGGCCUAUACCGUAGAGCACAAGGAUGAUGCGCCUUUGCAAAAAGCAGCCAUGGAUAACAACAAGUUAAAAGAUGGGGCAGCAUGA